AUGCCUUUGGCCAACAAGAUCCAAAAGUUCAAGCGGUAUAUGGGACUCCCAGUAACCCCUCAGACUGCCCCGGUACGACGGGAACUCUCGAGGCCUCAAACUGCUCCAACUGAAGCUCCAACUGGAUUUCGACGGAUCUUUCGAGGGCGCACUUACGCUGGUGUUAUAUCAACCAAUCAGUCGACAAUCAGCGCGCCGAUAGCUAUCGGAGUCAUUGCUUUCGCGGACCAAAUCACAGCAGAAUCUCUGUCCCACUUUCUGAUUUGGCUGUUCUACUAUGACGUCGUAGAAUUGCCAGUUUCUCCGGCAGAUUGGUACAAACAUCUGCCAUCUAUGGAAAUGCGUGGAUGGAUCCAACUAGGCACCUUCCUACAGACCACCACCCCGGCUGGGUUUCAGCUGGCCCGUCUUGAUAGUAUCAUUGACCAGCUGCAGCUGAGAAAGCAUUUCGUCAUGCAAUGCAUCGACAAGAUUUCCAAGCCGGAUCUCAUGCGAUGGUCCGACGUCGCUACUGACGUCAAGUAUGCUAUUGCUAAGUCGCUGCGCGAGAAGGACCAUCUAGAGCUCGUCAAGACGUGUCUCGAAGCGAUUCAGGAGACAACGGUGGCUCUCAAACCUCGAGCUGGCACAAAUUUCGAGGGCUGGCAAACCGAUGUCACCGAGCGUAUCGCCGACUAUCUCAGUGUAAUUGUCAAACCGCGACUUUCGACGAUUAAAGGAGGCAUCCGUGUUUUGAGCGACAAGUCUGAAGAUGAUGAGCGUUCCGUUCGAUAUAUCUUCGAGGCUAUGCAGGCUGAGCGUCCUGUGCCUUUGGUCCGCUAUGGGAUAUUCCCAACCCGCCCCCUCAGAUCCAGCAAUAGCUCACAGCUAUCUGUCAUCAGCCCAGAGCAAGCAGCUCGAGAGGCUGAUGAGGAACUUCAUUAUUCGAUGGCCCAACUUCGAAAUCGAAACAAAGACCUUAGGUUACAUGUGGAAGCUUUGCAGGCGAAGAACGAAGAGCUGUUAGCGAAUCGGCCUCUUCCCCAACCUCCAUCUCGGUUUCAAUCGAUCAUGACGAGCCGCAAGCCAGUCCCAGACCAUGGCCGACAACAGCCGGUUUCGAGCGGAGUAUCGCUCUUUGCAGACCCAAAUCCACAUGUACUUUCCCGUCUGUUGCCUACCCUUCCAGCGGACGAGAUUGAAGUUCAUCAGUGUCCCAAGACGUCCCGUGGUUUAGUCCCAAUGCCACCUCCUUUCACUGAUCGGAAGCCUUCGGGGGAUGUUCCUCUUAUGAUACCGGACCGUACCUCGUCAAAGCCGGCGAGCCUGCAUAUUCUGAGCAUGCACACCGAGUCGGGUCCGACCAAUGAGAACAUCCUUGCCCAGAGCGUCGCCUUUGAUGUCACUGGAAAGUGUAAGGCCAAGGAGAUCGACAUCAAAGGCAAAGGCAGGGUGAAGGAAAUCGAAUUCGAUCCAUACCCAACCGACUCCCUCUCAUCAAACAAGAAGUUCAUCCCUGCCCCUCUCUUCUCUGGCCGCCCUGGACACCAGCGCUCCCAUUCUCUUUCCAGAAUCCUGGAUGAAUCUGGUCCCUCAACUCCCCACAUCACUCGUCGUCGAUCUAAGUCGGCCAACCGGCUCGAGCGCCCUCGCUCCUCCAUGAACAUGCGUGCCCUUUCGCUCCCCCUCGAGGGCGACCGCGGAUUCCUCCCUAGCCAAGAACGCCUCGCUAACGGCAACCAUACUACCACCUUCGCCUCCUCAAGCGGCAGUGGAAAGUUUGGCCUCUCGCGCGGGGGCAUCCGCGGCGUCAGCGGCCGCAGCACCAACGGCAUAGGCACCCUCAGCCACACUCCCAGCGGCAGCGUCAGGGACCGACCUCGCUACGACACGGAGUUCCUCCCCCAAGCGCCGUGCGUGCCUGAUGAUCGUCCGACCUCCCCCGAUCGCCACGCUAGCAAUUCGAGCUCUGAGACCUACGAGCUGUCACUUCCCAAGAGCACGUCCGACGGUGGAAAGGAUAGGUCAGACAUCGCAGUACCUAGCCUCGAGUUGAUGGCCCCGGCUAAGCGUGGCGAGAAGCGGCAUGAAUCUGGAGACGGGAUGACGGAGUUUCGUCGCAGCUCGGGGCUGAUGGGGGGACAUGUGCCGUUCUUUGGUAGCCGGAAUGUCAGCGGUGGACAUCGGGAUCUUUCGAGGCUGGGUUAGGCGACAUAUUUCACGUUGAGGGUUUGAAUAGGCUAGGGGUGGCUAGGUAGGCUAGCUAAGUUGUCAGCGGGGAUGAUAUGUCGGGGCGAUUGUGAGGGUGUUUCUUUUGUCACUUUAUCUAUGGGUAGGUAGCGCUGGCGUUCUGAGUAGGCUGGGGGCGUCUUGGUAUAUUGGCUGGGCCGGCAGCGGAGCUAGUAUGCUAGCCUGAUUUAGG